AUGCUGCCUGUGUUCUGUGUAGUCGAGCACUACGAGAACCCCAUGGACUUCGACAGCAAGGAGGAGCACGCUGAGUUCGUCCUGGUGCGUAAGGACAUGCUCUUUAACCAACUCAUUGAGAUGGCCCUGCUGUCGCUGGGCUACUCCCACAGCUCGGCGGCCCAGGCCAAAGGCAUGAUUCAGGUGGGGAAGUGGAACCCUGUCCCCCUGUCAUACGUGACAGACGCACCGGAUGCCACAGUGGCUGACAUGCUGCAGGACGUCUACCACGUGGUCACGCUUAAGAUCCAGCUGCACAGUUGUCCUAAGCUGGAGGACCUGCCACCUGAGCAAUGGAGCCACUCUACAGUAAGAAACGCCCUCAAGGAGUUACUCAAAGACAUGAAUCAGAGCUCUCUGGCUAAAGAAUGUCCCUUAUCACAGAGUAUGAUUUCCUCCAUUGUGAACAGCACUUACUAUGCAAAUGUGUCGGCGGCGAAGUGUCAGGAAUUUGGGCGCUGGUAUAAACAUUUCAAGAAGACAAAAGAUAUGAUGGGCAUGCGCCAACCCUCCCAGCUUGAGGGCUACCUGGGUACGUGUGUCCUCCGUGAGAGCCCGCGUGCCAAUGCAUUAGCUGAGAUGGACGGCCUGUCUGACCUGUCCCCACCGAGCUCUAACCACAACCACAAUCACCUGGGCUUCUCCCAGCAGCAGCAGCAGCCCAUCCCCGGCAGCACAGCAGAACAGACUCCCUCCUCGCCAGUGCCGCCGCUGCCUCACGCUCCACCGUCACACGGUGGUCAGACAGGAGGUCGGCAGCCCCAGCUCCCUGGCCUGCACCACCCGGGCCUGGUGUCCACGCCCAUUAGCCCCCAGCUGGUCAACCAGCAGCUCGUGAUGGCACAGAUCCUCAACCAGCAGUAUGCAGUGAACCGGCUGCUGGCGCAGCAGUCCCUGUCACAGCAGUACCUCAACCACCCACCUGUCAACCGCAGCUCCCACAACAAGCCCAUGGAGCCACAGGUGGGGUCCAACACGGAGGUGUCCGUCGAGAUUUACCAGUGGGUGAGGGACGAGUUGAAGCGAGCUGGCAUCUCUCAGGCCGUCUUCGCCCGUGUGGCUUUCAACAGAACCCAG